AUGAGAUCCUCUAAAAUAUCUUUCCAAUCGACCUCCCAGAUGGGAUGGCUACCAGUCUUUCUUUUGUUCUCGUCCGUUUUACCACUCGCUCUUGCGGCCCCAGGCGCCGGAGAGGGAUACUUACAAGCACGGAGUUCAGUUCCAAAGCCAGGAGUUGGGUUAGUACCUGUCAAAACAGCGAUCGCGGUGGCUCCGACCACCACCGGUCUUCCUGGUUUAUAUCCAGAAACAACUGCUAUCGCAGUAAUCCCCGAACUUAGGGAUACGACCAAUUCUUCAGAUCCAGUCGAUACCAAUAACGAGAAAAAGAAGAAGAAGAAAAAGAACCCCAAGAAAAACCCCCACAAAGGAAAAAUCAAAACCGUCACAAUCGUCCACUCCAUCCCCGUCACCGCCACAAUCGUAAAACGCUCAGAUAACGACUACCCCAGCCCCAUAGACGACGAACCCAGCGGAGACCCCAUGGACCUAGACACAGAAGACUACACAACCGUCAGCAUCCUCCAAGUCGCAGUCCCCACCGACCGUCCCGUAAUAAUCACAACCUACGAAUGUCCCACCCCAACAGACACUCCAUCCUCCUUCGACAAAAACAAUAUCAAUAAUUACACCCCAGAACUAGCCAAACAACUUAUAAAACUCAAAACCAAGGCGAAAGUAUCAUGUCUAAGCAUCACCUCGGGACUACAAGCUGACCUUGCGUCUCAAACGUCGGUUAUGGAGUACAUUGAGGGUUAUUUUUGUGGUACUAUACUUUCUAGGACGGAUGAUGAAAGUGGGGUUGCUCAUGUGGUUAGGGAAGGGAAUGGGGCGAUGCAGAGGAUUAGUGUUACUUGGGUUUUGACGGAGGCGAAACCGUCGAAGAAGGAGUGUGUUAUGGGGAUGAAGAUGAUUUGGGAUCAGUGUGCGAAUUUGGGGGAUGAUUCGAUUGAGGGGUUUAGUGGUGGGAAGGCGUUGUUGAAGAGUGGGGUGUUUUUUAAUCUUGAGGCGGUGACGGCGGUUGAAGAUAAGAAGGUGCAGAAGGGGAAGGGUAGACAGUCGGGUUGA